GAGAAUCUUAUUUAUUGUACAGAAUAUUUCCAUGGCUUACACAUGUAUACAUUCCAUCCCCCUCUCCUAUUUACGUAUAAAAUGUCCAGUAACAUAUCUACAAACUGGGAAAAAAAAGCCACUGGAUCUCCAGACUGUGUAGUUGUUGCAUUAAUCCACUAGAUCUACACUAUAUAGCGUGAUGGUGCUUUACUGUCGUCUCACGCGGCCCUAGCAAUAGAGGGAGCAGCAGGGGGAGGAGCUAGUCUCUUAAAUCGGACCAAUAGGAAUCGGUGAGCAGUGACCUACUUUAGUCCAAUCACAGCGCAGGAUGGCUGCCGGUAAGGUAGUAACCGCGCGUGCACAGGCCAUGUGCUUCAGUUGGGCCACGAGUUUUUUUUUUUUUUAAACAUAAUAAUAACUAUGAUGACCGAUAUCAGUUUUAAUUGUCGUUUUUAAUGCAUGCUAUUUAAAACAGUAUAUAUAUAUAUUUUUAUUUAUUAUUUAUUCUCUCUAAAAUAAACUUGUCAUUAAAAGCACCGCAUGCAUUUACAUCAUUUUAACUCAGAACAAUAAGGAAAACGUGCGCCAUCGUUAAUGUAUAUAUAUAUGUGUAUAUGAGUGUAUAUACUCAGCCUGUGCUACGGGCGCUUUGGCCAAAGCUGACGUGAUUAAUAUUCAUGAGCCACGCCCACCUGUAAUCGUUUAUACAUGAGCAGCGCCCCCGUGAGAGGUGACGUCACGCGCGCUCGCCCGUGUUCGUUCCAGCUGACCGUGUAGCCGCGAUUCCGUGCGCUCGUUCCACUGACACGGACCAGGCGCUGGGUGACAACAGCAGAGCAACAACAACAACAACAACAAAUAAAUAACGACAGGGAAGAGACACGUGACAGCAGAUCAGAUCGUUCCCGUGUGUGUGUUAUUAAGUGACGUGUGGAGACUUGGAGCGCAGAGACGAUUUGGAGAUUUUUUGUCGCCUGAAACGCGUCUGGCUUUAAUGGACGCCUGGCGUUUCCAGAUUAGUCGCUUUUUCCGGGAAUAAUAGCUUGUCCGGGCCCGAAGGAGCUCCAGCUGGAGUUGGUGUAAAAUGUCAGCAGCAGAUAAACGGACUAAGCUCCGGAGAACACAGCAACACCGCCAGCUUCUGUUCCUUCACUGUAACUUGUGUUGAGCACAGAGACCGAGACGCGUCCUGGGCGCCAGGUUUAAACGGUUCCUCAACCACAACAUGGAGCUCGGUGCUGCUCCAUAGGGACAUCGUUUUGCGUCCGUGUGCAAAUUGUAAGGAAAAUGGAUUAAUACUAAAGCACUUUAUGGAAGCGUUCAGGAUGCGCUUUGAGGUUUAAACCCUCUCCUUAUCAUCAAUGGUCAGCUGAGCUGCUUCAUCCGGACGCAGUUCCUUAUCAUCACUUACAGGGCUUUGUGAUUGUGAUUUAAAAGUGAACCCAAGCCAAGUACAAUCAGGCGAUGUCCAGGCCUCUCUCUCAGCUUCUACCUCCUCCAGAUAUCCCCUCUGGAGGCAGUGCACAGUUUGGUCCUACUACAGCACCCAAUGGUCACCUGGGCACAGUGGCCAGUCUAAAGUCUCUCCUCCAGCUUCCCAUUAAAGGAGACAUCAGAGGGAAAGACUGCUGUGAGAUGAUCGAUCAAGACAAACCAUUGGACUCUGAUGAGGAUUCACUGGGUGGAAUUGGCAAUGGGGCCAGUGGCUCUAUUCGCACCUCUUCCCAGACCACUUUCCUGGGGCCAUUGCUGUGGGAACGCACUCUACCAUGUGAUGGUGGCUUAUUCCAGCGGCAGUUCAUGGACUUGGAGGAGUUCCUGACAGAGAACGGCAUGGGGUGCAUGCCACUGGGGAACACCUCAGGUGCUCAGGCUCUCAUCCCAUCGCAGAGCAUGCAAUCAGCCAUUCCAAGUCAGAGCUCUUCACCGUCUCCAGGCUCAUCCUCUGCAUCCUCCAUCUCUUCCCUCUCAUCUUCGUCCUCCUCAUCCUCACUUCUGGGACUAGAUGUGCCACAGGUCCCGACCCCGGGAAUGCUGGGAAGCCCUGAGUGUCUGCAAGGAGGACAGGCCAUGCAGCAGGACCCAUCACCAAGCUCUUCCUGCCCACCUCCACCAGUACCCAGCACCGGUGCCCCUGCAGCAGAUGUCAUGGUGAACUUUGACCCUGACCCUGCUGACCUGGCCCUGUCCAGCGUACCGGGUCAGGAGGCGUUUGACCCACGUCGGCAUUGCUUUUCUGAGGAGGAGCUCAAGCCUCAACCUAUGAUCAAGAAGGCUCGCAAAAUGUUGGUGCCCGAUGAGCAGAAGGUAGUGUGUGUGGAGUCGGAUGAAAAGUACUGGAGCCGACGUGUGAAGAACAACGAGGCGGCGAAGCGCUCGCGUGACGCACGGCGCCUUAAGGAGAACCAGAUAUCCGUCCGUGCCGCUUUCCUCGAGCGGGAGAACGCCGCGCUCCGACAGGAAGUGGCCGACAUGCGCAAAGAGCUCGGGCGCUGUCGCAACAUCAUCAACAAAUAUGAGAAUCGCCACGGAGACUUAUGAAGAAGAAAGAAAGAAAGAAGGAGCAGUUCGGUCUCUAGAAAAAAUGACAAUUGAAGGGCAGGUCGUCAAACCAGCGCUCAGAAAUUUAGCCGAGGUUUUUUUUCUUCUUUCCUAAACCUGCACUUUAACACUUGCAAAUCAUGUUUGUUUAAACGUGUGGCAUCGUGCAUGGAUGCAGCACUCAGUUGCUAACAGAUCAGAAAUCCCAGUGAAAGGGAAUGCUCACAAAGUCUAGAAGAAACACUGUUCACGUUCAUAUGAGUUGUUUCUCUUUUUUUUUUUUUUGACUGUCAUAAUUACACUAAAUCCUAAAUCAUUAAGGGACGUCGUCGACUCGGUAUUCAGUGUUGCUCGGACUUCACAAGCAUUUCUUAUUCUCCUUAUUUUUCAGAAGAUUCUGCAGAUGAUGCUGGUAAUAUUUUCUAUGACUAAGAAAAAAAAGAAAAGACCUUGUAUAUUUUUGACACGGCUUUGGACAGAAAGAAACAGAAGAACAGAAGAGGAGGAGAAGGAGACAGCAUAAAGAUUUAGGCAGGAAAUUUGUAUAUUUUUAUACUUAAAGGUGCAGACAGGGAAAGAGAUUUUGGAAAUAAUUUUUGCCUCUAUAUUUUAUAUAAAUGGGUGGGUUUACAGGGCAUUUGUGAAGAAAGAGGGCUAUACGAAGAUGUUUCUGAAAUCAGGUUGUGUAGUGUGGCUGAACGAGAGAACGUGUGAUACAGCAAUGAAAGAAUGAGACGAAUCACAUCAAGCUUUCACGAUGGACAGAAACGCGUCAGAGCAACUCAAAGCAAACCGAAGCAAACCUAAGUGUUUUGAAAUCACAUUACGGAUUUGUACCUAAUUUUAUAUGUUGGAUUUUUUUUUCCUUCAGUUUUCGUGUGUUUUGUCCCAGAUUUGAGAGGAAAAAGGAGAAAAGCAGGAGGUCUGGACAUUUACACCCUGUCACAACAUUACGGAUGAGGAACGGAUGUACAAAAGAUUUUCCAUGUAUAUAUUUAAGCGUUCAAAUUUCUAUUCCAUGUAAACACACAAACUUGGAUUGCAUGUGCACAAAACCAGAUGUUUUUUAAGUCGCAUAAUACCACACAGUUAUUUCAGCACAACGCUCCCUGAUCCCUCACACCCUCGUUCUUUUCCUCACACUCGCCGAUUUUCUGACGUUUUCCACCGAUUCUGGUUUUAAAGCGUUUAUUUUGUCCAAGUUUAGUUGGCAGUGAGUGUGUUGCAUGGUAGCUCAUUUCUUUUCUAUACUGUAUGAUCAGCACGGAAAAAAAAUACCCGUGUCGUCCUUUUUUUGGUACAGAUUCCUUGCACUAACCGUGUCUCUGUUUAAAUCGUACGAGAAAUCUUAAUCUAUUAGAAGUGUUGGAUGUAAAUUCCCAAGCUAUAUUCUAACAAAAUGAAUGCACCCUGAUACUACUGUAAAAAAAAGAAAAGAAAAAAGAAUAUACUAUUAUAUCAAAGUUCUAAUGACCUGUAUGAGAGGAAAAUAUUAUAUCACUAGAUAUGUCUGUAAAUAUCAAUAUAUGUGAAUAUGUGAUUUGUAGAGGUAAUUUGCAUAAAUGUAGUAUAUACAGAAAUCUAUUACAUCACAAAAAAAGGACCUACACCCCGAACUCUGGAAACACAACAAAUUUUCAAACGAACCUAAUGGAAAUGUUUUGCUAAAACACAAUAUUUAAGAGAAUUUUAAUUCCCUCCUGCUGCUCUUAAUAUAAAUACAAUCAUAAAUAAAUUUCAAUAAAUAAAUACUAUUUAUCGGCACCCUUUAAGAAAAUUAACAGAAAUGGAUAACUUAAAAACGUAACAUGUGCAAUAUGUGAAUUUUUUGAGAUUGUGUUAACAUUGUAAAGUUAGUUUUUAUUUCGAAAACCAUUUCAGAACGAUCUAUUACUCUUUCAGUUACAUCUCACGAGAAGAGUUCGGAGAAACGUGUCGAGGACGCUUUGCCCACAAACUCCUUUCUAUUCUUAAGGUUGUACAUGUGUACAAUUCAGUACCAGGUUCAACUGGAUCCAAAUCCAGAGACUGAGAGGAUCUUUGCAACACAUUGCUUUUGUGUUUCUCUAAACGUUUCUGUUAAAACUAUUUUGCUUUCUUAACCUUUUUAUAACAUGUGAAACAGUUCAUCAUGACCCUCGUUGUCUUUAACUAUAUAUAUAUAUAUUUUUUUUCCAUGUGUGCGGCCUCAUAUUUCUAUCCCAGGGAAACAGGAAAUGGUUCAAGAACAACAGAUUUCCUGUGCCAAGGCAAAAUAAUCUAAUAAUAUAAAUUGUCAUAUUGUAAUAUAUAAUAAUGUCAGAUUGUUUGAAUUUAUAUCAAAUAUUCCUUAAUCGUUUUGGCACGUGUAUGUCUAAGAGAAAAUAUUAUUUGUUAAAAAAACAAAUAUAAACAAAGAUAAAUAGUCAGAGUGGAAGAUUUUCAUUGCGGUGUGUAAUGUUUAUAUUAUAUAUUAUACAUUCAGGUUUGCUCAUUUUUAUGAAGGAUGCCAAUAAUUAUGGAGGACAAUGUAUAUAAAAAGCUCAGUGUUGAUUUGCACAUGACAAUGUCAUUUCCCCCAUUUAUUUCUUGUUCUUUCGUUUCUAAAUCCUUCUUCUUCUUCUUCUUCUUCUUCUUCUUAUUAUUAUUAUUAUUAUUAUUAUUAUUAUUAUUAUUAUUAUUAUUAUUAUUAUUAUUGCUAUCAUUAUCAAUUUUUAUAUUAUUCCGGUUACUAUUUCUCUAUUCCUUUUUCUCGUUUCUAACGAAAUGCUCACCUUUGUAGUAAUAACACCAUCUCGGAAAACAAAUAUUGCCAUUUGACACAUCGUCGGUGCCAUCGUUGGACACAUCAUUGGUGCCAUCCAUCACCUAAAUCACUGUAUGUGUGAGUUUAUACAAGCUGGUAAAAACAAACCAGAUUUUUUUUUCUUCUGGAAGAAUUAAAUCUACUCCAUCUGCCAGCAUUGACUUGGUGCAGCUUUUCCUUCCGCACAUCAAAGGAGUAUGAUUUUUGUUACAUCAAAUCUUUGUAGAAGCUUAAAUGGAAACUUUUGGCAGUGCUAUUUUUCUAUAUUACCCUCUACACAUGUUAAAGGAGUUUCACAGGCACUGGUAGCUUAUCCUUCUCCCCCCCAUUGACAAGUUUCUUACCAGUUGUUAUUGCGGGUAUUGUAUUCAUCAUAUUUUGCCUCUUUCCAUGUGGAAUAUUAACAGGUCCCUGGUUGUGACUGUUAUUAACUACAAAUACAAAGAGCACACCACUAUACAAAUGUAUUAGAACCAAUAAUAUCUAAUGUUCUAUUUGUGGAGAUGCUGGAAAAUGUGCUCUGGCUUUUUUCCUGACACACCAAUAAAUAAAUGAUUGCCAUUAUACACCAAUGAGAA